AUGCAAUUAUUUAGAGAUGCAUUGGAUGAUUGUAGGUUGAAGGACUUGGGCUUUAAUGGUUACCCCUUUACAUGGUGCAAUAGGAGACAUAGUGCUCACAAUGUUUGGAUCUGCUUGGAUAGGGGUGUAGCCACAGUGGAUUGGAUGUUGAGAUUUCCCACCUCCCGAAUCCACCACCUGGAUGCCUUACAUUCCAACCACAAACCGAUACACCUAUGCACGGAUUCAGAGUUCAAGCAAUUCUACAGGAGGGGUAGGCCUUUUAGAUUUGAGGUUAUGUGUAUUAAGGAUGGUUCAUGCGAAAGAGUGAUUCAGGAUUCAUGGGACCUAGCAAGGUUGGCUUCUUUGGUAUGGGGUUUCAACAAAAAAAUCGGUUCAGUCCAAGACAGUUUGCAAGCCUGGAACAAAAACUCUUUUGGGCAAGUCUAUACUUCUUUAGCCAAAAAAUUGAGGGAGUUGAAGGCAAUGGAAGAAUCGGGUGGGUAUGUUUCAAACCCUUCUCGUGUGCAAAUGCUAUGUACUGAGAUUGAACGAUUGAAAAGCAAGGAAGAAUGCAUGUGGAAACAGUGGUCUCGUACGGCUUGGUUGAAGGUAGGUGAUAAAAAUUCUAGAUAUUUUCACUAUAGAGCAAACCAAAGAAAUAAACACAACCAAAUUUUGGAAUUGGAAGAUGGGACCAGAGUAUGGGUGGAAGAGGAAGAGGCAAUGGGCAAAGUGGUGGAAUCUUAUUUCCAAGACAUGUUCACAACCUCAAAUCCGAGUCAUUUUGAUGAAAUUCUCAUGGGCUUGCAACCAGUGAUCACAGAGGACAUAAGUGCUGCCUUAAGCCGUGAAUACCAGGUAAAUGAAGUACUUCUAGUUCUCAAAUAA